AAAAAAAUCUAGAGACUCGAACAACACUCCUAAUAGUGUAGUAAAAACUCUCCGCGCAAAACAAACCAACGCUUUUUUUUAAACCCUCCUUUUUUCUUUGCUUUGUGCACUUCAUCUAGAGAUCUUAUUAUCUCCUUAUAAUACUAGAUAGAAUAUACGGCUUUGCAGGCGAGCGAUGCAAAAGUUUUUCCAUAUUAAUUGCAAAAAGAAUUUGAAUUAUAACCCAAGUAAUCAUAAUAAUAGUGAUUUUCCAAUCAUUACCAUUAAUUAUUAAUUAAUACUCACAUUAAUAUUAAUAGUAAUACUCUACAUUUAUUAACUAUAUCAAUGCAAAAUUGCUCUCUAUAAGCAUUUCCAUUUCAUUUAAACUAAACAGUUUUUUUAUAUAUAAUAUCCAUCAUAAUAGUAGUAUAUAUAUAUCCACUCUAUUAUUUUAUAUUAAAUAACCAAACCAUAUAAUUUCAUCAAUUAACCUCUCAACACUUCAUUGAAAAUGUCUAUUUUAAUGAUUCCAUCAGUAGAAAACGCAACCAGCUCCAAUAUUAACAAGAAGAAUAGUAGUAGUGGUAUCUUGUCCAACGAUGUUUUAGCCAAGACCAUUCCAACUCCAACCAAGGCAACAACCAAUGUUGUUGAAGUUGGACACGCUGCCGUUACUUCCCCUCAACCAAUUGCAGACCAAUUUGAUAUUGUUCUCUUCACUCAAGAGUAUGUACAACAAGUAGCCGUAGCUCUCUCUGUUGUUUUUGCUCAAGAAGAACCUCUCUGUAUUGCCACUCGUACCAAUCCAAUCAACUUUUUCGCCUACUCUCUUGUCUAUGCACAACAAUGUUGUGAUGGCAAGUUGAGCAUGUUGGCCAUUGACAGAAACUCCAAGAUGGUUGUUGGAUUCCACUUGUGCCAUGACUAUGAAACCUGGGUUGAACCUCACAGUGAUGAUCCUGGUGUUACUGUUCAAGGUGAAUUGCUUGAACGUUUGCAUGAAGUUUUUCAUGCUAACGAAAAGGCUAUUCAAGAAGAACCAGAAUCACCAUUCGAAUCUCAUGGUUCCCCUCGUACUUCAUUCGAUGGCAUCAAAAGCGGCGAAAAGAAGAAGAAGACUAUGAAAGUCUGUAGUGCUGGUGUCUUUGCCUUUGCUCGUAGAAUGAGAUUGGCUACCAGAAUGCUCGAGAAGAACCUCGAAUAUGCCAAACAACUUGGAUACAACGAAGUCCUUGUUGAAUGUACUGGUGCCUACUCUCAACAACUCUACAAGAGUUAUGGCUUUAAUGAAAAGGCUAGAAUCUACUACAAUGAAUAUGAAGUGGAGGUACUCGCCGAGGAUAAGAAGGUAAAGGUCAAACCAUUUAUUACCAUUCCAAAGCCUCACGAGUUUAUCAACUUGUCCAUUUUGGACUUGUAGAUUAAGGAAUUAUUGGGAUGAGUUUUAUUUUAUGGUGGCAGUGGUUCAUUUAUAUAUUAUGCAUAUUUACUUGUAGUAGUGUUGCUCACUUUACUUGUCAAGCUCCAAAACUUUAUAUUGGCAAAUAGUGGUGAUACUGCUUCAACUGUACUAUAUUUACAAGUUUGGUUUGUUUUGGGAGUGGAACAUUUAAUAGUUCUUCCUCUUCCUUGACAAACCUAUAUGCUAACAUCCAUCAAAUCUCUAACCAAAAACCAGAGGCACAUUGUUUAAUCUCAUCUCAAGCGGCGUUGACACAAUACUUGUUUUGAGAUUGAUUCUGGUUUCUCCACGCCCACCAACCAAUUUACUUAACACAUUUGUAUAACACCCUUUGCAAGUUUGUAUGUGAUUGUUGUCUGACAACGUUUUGCCAGCAUACUCACUUGUACGGAAUAUUGGUCUCAUCACCACCCUUAAACCUUCACUGCAGAUAUUAGUUAUAACUAAUCUCUGAAAUUUAUAUACAUUUAUAUACCCCUUAAUAAAUUUAUUUUAUAUU